AUGGCUGCUCCCCGUGCAUCCUUAUUUUCGCCGCUCCUGCGCUCGCAAUUCACAAAACCGGCCACAACAAUACCCCGAUUAUCGACUCAAUCUCGAGCUUUCAACCUCCCCUCCCUCUCCUCUUUCGCACCACAGCUCUCGUCACCAGCCCCUCGUACCCUCACCGCCACACGAACGCUUCCCUUCCCACCUCUCCCGCUCUUCCGCAUCAUCUCCGACGUCGAGUCAUACCGGGACUUCCUCCCCCUCCUCACCGCAUCCACCGUCACAGCGCGCGACCGCGCCACCGGCUAUCCCACCCAAGCCUAUCUCACUGUCGGGUACGGACCGCUAAGCGAAACCUUCCACUCCAAAGUCGAAUGCGACGAGGCUACGUGGACGGUGGGUGCGCGGAGCGGAGAGAUUGCGUUUCAGCGGAAAGGGGAAGAAGGAAAGGACGGAGGCGUGUUUGAGUAUUUGGAUACGAUAUGGAAGUUGAAGCCGCUGGAGGGGAGAGCGGUGGGGAUGGAAUUGACAAAGGUGGAUUUGGCGGUGAAUUUCCGGUUCAAGAACCCGAUGCAUGCGGCGAUGAUGAGUGCAGUAGAGAAUCAGGUGGCGGCAAUGAUGAUUGAAGCGUUUGAGAAGAGGGUGUUUGAGGUGGAACGACGGAGGUGA